AUGAAGACCCGGCCCCAACCAGACGACCCGCCCCCCACCGGACGACCCGGCCCCCACCAGACGACCCGGCCCCCACCAGACGACCCGGCCCCCACCGGACGACCCGGCCCCCACCAGACGACCCGGCCCCUACCGGACGACCCGGCCCCCACCGGACGACCCGGCCCCCACCAGACGACCCGGCCCCCACCAGACGACCCGGUCCCUACCGGACGACCCGGCCCCCACCAGACGACCCGGUCCCCACCGGACGACCCGGCCCCUACCAGACGACCCGGCCCCCACCAGACGACCCGGUCCCUACCGGCCGACCCGGCCCCCACCAGACGACCCGGUCCCUACCGGACGACCCGGCCCCAACCAGACGACCCGGUCCCUACCGGACGACCCGGCCCCAACCAGACGACCCGGUCCCUACCAGACGACCCGGCCCCAACCAGACGACCCGGUCCCUACCGGACGACUCGGAUCCCCACCAGAAGACCCAAAUUGCCACAGGACGACCCCGUUCCCACCGGACGACCCGGACCCCACUAG